GUCGAUGACGAAGCGAGCGAUGGUUCACCGCAGCAGUUUGUUGCAUCAGCUAAGGAUGUAUGUAUGAAGCAUGUAGAUGUAUUUGAUUAUGCGAAGAGAAAUCAGUCGACGUUGGACGGUGCGCGGUGCGAUACGUGAAGGAGCGACGUGAUCCUGGACAUACAGUUCAUCGUACUAGCUCUCAAGAUUAUCAAGAGGUAGAAUAAGAAAACAGAUACUUGACGCGUAGUCGUAUGGCGGAUUAUGAGCACUUUAAAGAGCGUCAUCAUCACCCUGCCUAAGGGACUGCCCAAAGCGAUCUCGGCGAACGAAUUCGCGUGCGCGACGACGCCCAGGCUGAAUUUCGUCGCAUCACUUUUGACAGAUAAAGCGAAGAUGGACGCCAGGAAGGUGACUGUCAGGCAGCAAGAGGAGGUGCACGAUGAUGGCGUCACGACUCUCAUCAAGACCGCGGAUGGCUGCGUACGCGGAAAGAAACGUCGGCUGGAUCAUUUAACGUGGGAAGAAAAAUUGCAGAGAAAAAAGCUAAAGAACCGUAUGGCAGCACAAACCUCACGGGACCGGAAGAAAGCCAGAUUGGACGAGCUGAUGGAGACGGUAAACACGCUAACGGAAAAGAACAAGCUGCUCACGCAGGAGUGCACAAUGCUGAGGACACAGAACGAAUCGCUAUUGAGCGAAACAAAGAGACUGAAGAGAGAGAGGGACACGAGGACCACCAUGAAUGAAGAUCAGCAGCAACAGCAGUACUGCUCGAUGUGUCAGACUCGUGUCGGCUGCGCUGUACCCUCGCUGGGAUCUGCCGUAUCCCCUGACGACCCUCUGCCGCAGGGUGGGACAGCACAGCCGGCAUCGUGCCUGACGCUGACGCCAGGAGGCCGUCCUGCUGAAGAUUCUGACCCUCUACCUCCUCUCGAGGAGCUGUUUAGCGACCUCCAAAGUGACGACUACAUCGAGCGACUUGAGGAGCUUGCCGAAAGCCUUCUGCGAGAAGUUACCGCUGAAAUGGAAGCAAAUCCUCAUAGAUCAAAUGAACAAGUGUCCAAUAAGGAAGAUUCCGUUAAGAAACCUGACCAUUCAGAAACAGUGGUGGGGCAGGCAUCAGAAAAUGUGGAAGCCGAUCGAGUUGGUGGAAGCGUAAACGGCGCUUCUUAUUUACGAGGUUCAACCGAUUGGCAUCCCAUCGUCUGCAGCACAGCGAGCACAGCAGUCGCACCGUCCACACUGAUCAAGACCGAGAUCGAGAUCAAGGAGGAAUCCGAGCCGACACCAGACCUUGAGACCGUUUAUGGCACGUACGACGAGGCGACCAAUUCCAUCACGAUUAUCUAUCCGGGCGAGGAGAACGGCGAGUGCGUGGGCAUUCAGGAAUGCGUGCAGGAGGUGGUGAGCACCGUGGAACACGGCGGCGGCAACGGCGUCUGCCACGUUGCGGACGACGGCGUUGUCGCGCGCCUCGCUGUACCCUCGAGUACGCAUCUUGGCUACCCAGCACAGUUUUCACCGGCGUACACCGACACCAUGUCACCCGCGAUGAGCGACAUACACUCAGACGCGGAUAACUACGGCGUUUCCGCAAAGCUGGAUUGCACCAGUCUGUCGGACGGCGGCUACGAGUCGCACGAUUCUCCGGAGCCGCGUCGGUCGAACUCCCUGGCCGAUCUCUGGCACGAGAGUUUCACAGAGCUGUUUCCAACGCUGGCCUGACAGUUCUCGCGAAGGCGGACCGUCCGACCAAUGCCGAGCCGUCACGUCUGUGAUACGUCUGGGAAUUUCGCGAGAAGUAGACCGCCGCGGGGUUAACGCAGGGUUCGCGUUCGCUUAAAUUAUAAAAGACAAAAAAAAAGAGAGGUUCGCUCUUGGAUAGUAUAUCGUUAUAAUGCGCCUUUCUGAUAUCAUUUUUUAUCUGAUAUUAAAUAGAACUUAAAAACUUCGACUAAACUCUCGCAGAUUUUUUUUAUUAUCAAGCAGUUUAGUGACAUAUUAAAGCACUUCAGGCGAUAAUGUCCUGCAAAAUGUAAAUAUUUGAAAAUAAAUUCUCAGACACACGAAAUACGUAAUUGAGAUCGCACGAGAUGUCGGCAUUAAUGAUAAUUAAAAAUAAUUAAUUAUUAUUGAUUAUUAUUCUAACUGAAUUAUUAAUUAGAAAAGAAAUUAUAGCUGUCUCGUAUAAGUUAUGUUAAAAUGACAACGGAAUCGUCUAUGCAGUCGGUCUCAGAAACGAGUUUUUUUUUUCCUUCGUUUUUUUCCUCUUUAUCGAUUUCGAUGAGUAGUCUUACGCAGCACAAAUGAUAACGCACCACAUACUAUUGGUGUUGGAGUAUCGAUUGCAGUAGCAUAUUAAGUUUCUCGCAA